CACCAAUGGAGGUAAAGGAAUGCACUCACAGUUCAGGCUCCGUAACAAACGAAGCUCUUUCCACUUUCCCUUAUUUUCUUCCACCCUUAACUCAAGUCCAUAAAUCCAGGCACAAGAUAAUAACUGCAGACUAGAUAUGACUGUGUAGUCUCCAUGUUCUUCACACACAGAUCCAUACAGUGAGAAAGCACAGCAGUACUCAACACCAGGCCCUGUGACAACAGCCCCUUCAGGCCUAUGGACUGACAGUCCUGAAGAUGUUGGCAGGGCCAUGAGACACACCCUGUUCUGCCUGUGUUAUUUAUGCCUCUGGCAGUGAAGCCCCCAACAAAGAAGCAUGUCACUGGAACACAUGCUCUUUGUUCACAGAGGUGCAUGCCAGCACGGGCUGUGUAAGAAGCACAGUGCCCGGUCUGUAGUCUCUCCUUGGGCUCUUUCGCCUUUUUAUUUGCUGCAUGUUUUGGCUAUGUUUAUUAAUUACUUUGUAGUUUAAUAUUAUAAAAUAAGCAUUUAUCCUGUGAACUAUUUACCACUGGGAAAAAGUCCUUCAUAUCAUAAGAGCUUGUUUGCCACAAGGAGAGGACAGAGCCUCAAGAUAUGCCCAGACCCUCUCUAGAAUCAAUACCACUCCUAGAAGUCACCAGGUUACCCUUCUGGAGAACCCACCUGCACCUGCCAGAGUAGCACCCGUUACUUGCAACUCAACACCCGUGGGCUGUGAUCAAAGGCCCUUGGCAACUGUUCUCCAUCAACUGUACCAAAGCAAGAGUUCACCACUGUGACUUAAUCUACAUUGGGGGUGGAGCAAAAGACGGCAGCCUUUGGGGUCAGGCCUGUCAGGCUGACUCCUUGCUCCUUGACUAGUUGUUGGGGCUACUGAGGGUAUUUAAGCCUUAGUUCCUCAUUUGUUCAAUUAAAAUAUCACCAACUUCACAGGGUUGUCUGUAGAUUAAAUGGCAAGCACCAUAGCAAGCCCCAAAAAGGAUUGGCUCAGUGACUGCCUGUUAGCUCAGGGAACUGGCUCAGUACCUUUUUUCCUGAUUAAAAGCUUCUCUGCAUAGAGACCUCGUGUAAUAAGGCAGGAGCACACCUUUUCCUAUGCCCCCGUUCCCUCAUCUUAGGUCUGUGAAUACUGCAACACAAGUCAAGAAGCUACGCGCCACUUUUUUUCUCUUGAAAUGUUAUUUUAAAAACUGGUAUGUAAUCGAUUUGGAAGUUUGGGUUUUUGGUUGCCCCUAAGGCAAAACGGAAAGGGAAGAGGAGCUUAACUUCAUAAAAAUCUGAGGGUUAACAGAAUUUUUUCUUCUAAUAAACUGUUUAACCUUUGGCGCCUAGUGUCAAUGGUAGAAACAAGGCAACUGAUGUGACACACUACAGUUCUCACUUUAAGAAGUCUCUCCCCAAUUGGCAAAGCACUCACCCCAACGUAGUGCUCCAAUUCCAGGGACCCUCUAAACCAGACCAACACAAAGACUGCCUGCCAGGCUUCCUCUAAAUGGAGACCAAGAAUUUACAUACCUCACUGGGGUGCCCGAAGAAAAGUGAUAAAAGUGGGGGGAGGGUGAAAGGCACGACCCAGAGGCUUCAUUAAAAUUGCUUUUUCUUUACCUAGCUCACAUUAAAUGCUGAAAAUGUUUAAAAACAAGCAAGUAGAGAGGGAAAGUCUCCUGAACUGGGGAUGCUCAGCUCCUGCGUGGCCCCUGUCCCUCCCGUUCCGCAUGGGCUACUCCUACUCGAUACUACCCAAGCGGGGAGCCACGAGGUCCCCACGGAGGUCCUCGAUGGCAGUUACGACAUCUCUGGGCUUGGGGAUAACCACGUAGUCCCCGGACAGGAGCACUGGGUGCGUCUCAAAGACCCCGUCUCCGGUUCCAGUCCCAUCUCUUCCGCGAGCACCAAAGGCUUGGGCGAGCGUCGGUGGGCGGACUUGGGCCGUGGGGGGCAACCCGGGGGGCGUGUGGUAAAGCUCCCCACUUGGACCCCCAAGAGAGAGCGAGGGGUCCCAGGCGGGCGGAGGGCGGGGAAACCCCGGAGAAGGUCUUACAUCAGCCAGCCCACGUGCGGCCGGAGGGCGGGGAGGCGCGCAGAGGCCAGGGGGCGGAGCCUUACUCCCGGGCUGCGCCUUCAGCGGCCCAGCCCCGCCCCGCCUCCCAGGCCAUCCUCGGUGCAGCCUGGGCAGCCGAGCCGAGCGCCACCGCGUAGGGCCGAGAGGAGCCGAGCAGUCGCCGCGCCGCGUCGCCGGUUUAAGCGCAGUGCGGGGCCUUGGCCGGGGGCGGCGGUAGUGAGGCCAGCGCCGCGCUCCAGCCCCCUUUUCCCUCCAUGGUUUCUCUCCGCUCCCGCGAGUAACUUGGCUCCGGGGGCUCCGCUCGCCCGCACGUCCGCACGCCGCACGCCGCCCCGGACCGCGCCGCACGCCGCUGCCGCCAGCCGCCCACUUCCGACGGCCCUCGCCGCACAGGCCGGGUCGCCUCUCCCCCCUCCGCCCCCGUCGCGGAAAGUUAAGUUUGAAGAGGGGGGACGAGGGGAACAUGGACAUGAAGAAGAGGAUCCACCUGGAGCUGAGGAACCGGACCCCGGCAGCUGUUCGAGAACUUGUCUUGGACAAUUGCAAAUCAAAUGAUGGACAAAUUGAGGGAUUAAGGGCUUAAUUUGUGAAUUUGGAGUUCCUCAGUUUAAUAAGUGUAGGCUUGAUUUCAGUUUCAAAUCUCCCCAAGCUACCUAAAUUGAAAAAGCUUGAGCUCAGUGAUAAUAGAAUCUUUGGAGGGCUGGACAUACUAGCAGAAGAACUUCCAAAUCUCACACAUCUAAACCUAAGUGGAAAUAAACUGAAAGAUAUCAGCACCUUGGAACCUUUGAAAAAGCUGGAUUGUCUGAAAAGCCUGGAUCUGUUUAACUGUGAGGUCACUAAUCUGAAUGAUUACCGAGAGAGUGUCUUCAAGCUCCUGCCUCAGCUGACCUACCUGGAUGGCUAUGACCGAGAGGACCAGGAAGCCUCUGACUCAGAUGCAGAGGUGGAUGGUGUGGAUGAAGAGGAGGAGGAUGAAGAAGGAGAAGACGAGGAUGAAGAGGAAGAUGAGGAUGGUGAGGAGGAGGAGUUUGAUGAAGAAGAGGAUGAAGAUGAAGACGAAGAUGUAGAAGGAGAAGAUGAUGAAGAUGAAGUCAGUGGGGAGGACGAAGAAUUUGGACAUGAUGGAGAAGUUGACGAAGAUGAAGAGGAUGAGGAUGAGGAUGAAGAUGAAGAGGAGGAAGAAAGCGGGAAAGGUGAAAAGAGAAAGAGAGAAACAGACGAUGAAGGAGAAGACGAUUAAGACCCCAAACAACCUGCAGAAACAGAACUGUUCAGUAUUGGUUGGACUGCUCAUGGAUUUGGUAGCUGUUUUAAAAAAAAGGUAGCUGUGAUACCCCAGGACACCCACCCACCCAAAGAGCCAAAGAAUAGUUCCUGUGGCAUUCCACCUUCUUCCAUUUAGUCCCUCUUGGUACUCCACCACCAAGAAAAGUGUAAACGUUGUUAGGUUUUCCUGUACGACUCUUGCUGUAGCCUGGAUAGCUGUGAUUGGUGAGUCAACUGUCCGUGGCUACCAGUUACACUGAGAUUGUAACAACAUUUUUACUUUCUGUACAACAACAAGAAAAAGCUUUGUAAAUAAAAUCUUAACAUUUUG